AUGGCUCAUGAAGCUCGAAAUCCAAAUGUGCAAUUAAAAGAAGCAGGAGUUUUGGUGGAUCAAGGUUCUGAGUUCACGGAGCAUUGCUCGAUUUCCUAUAUGACUCCAUGGGCCACUGUUCUCGCGAUGAGUGCCCUUUACUCUCUUGCGCUUCUAUGGUUUUGUAAACAUGGAAAAAAGAUGUGUUUACCGGCUCCAGACACCAUAUUUCCCUAUCAAAAGCGAUUGAAAGCAAUGAAAAGAGAGCUUGGCAAAUUUCUCGUCGACGACGUUUUCAUUGAGAUCACCGAUGAUAAAUUGGGGCAGGGUGCGGUGGGUUUCGUUUUUAAAGGCUUUGUUUAUCCACGAACACAGAAUCGAUAUAAACAAAAACUUGCAGCAGCUAUAAAGAUGAGUUAUCCGAUUCCUUUGAAAUCAAUGGGUCUUCUCGAGGAAGCGUGUCGAAUGGCGAAACUAGAGCACUCAAACAUUGUCGCUCUAUUGGCCGUCUCGAAGCUCUCAUUCACCGCAUUUCGGCCGCUCAUCGUGAUGGAAUGGCUACCCGGCGGAUCUCUUGCUGAAUAUUUUCGAGAAGAGAUCCGGAGAAAAGAGGAAAAUGAACGAGCGCCAGUGUUUGUCCGGAGUAUAAUCAGCAUUCUCACACAAGUAGGUGAAGCACUGAAAUAUCUGCAUGACAGUCGAGAUGAUCGAGGACAAGAGCUAACACACGGUGAUGUAGCAGCAAGAAAUGUCCUACUUACGAGCAAACAUUUAGACACUUGUGUGGCAAAAUUGGGUGAUUUCGGGCUCCCAAUCGAUUUCGGGCCUCGUUUACCGGUGCCAUGGCUUCCACCGGAGAUUGUUUGCGCGUUGGACUCGAAUCCCGUGCAUCGAACUGAAUGCGAUGUUUGGAUGUUCGGGGUUCUCGCCUGGGAAUGCGUGACUCUAGGAGCCGAGCCACACUAUCAGCGAACGAUUCGAGAGAUUCAGGCCUGUUAUCGAGAACCAGAUCGUGGUCUCACCUAUCCGUCGGCCUGUCCAGCACAAUUAUGGUCUUUAAUAUUAGAAUGUUUAUCGGAACAACAUCGACGUCCUCGUUUCCUCGGCCCCGUCGACGGAAGUGCGUCAGCAUUGCAUAAAUUACGACAAUUGCGCCACAGCUUUGCCACCUCUACCCAUUGUUUAGAAGCUAUGCCAAACGAAGGCCAUUGCACUUGUGCUCAACAUCGAUGUCAUAUCCCGUUACCAUCAUUCGGAAAAGAUGAUAAA